AUGAAAUGGUCAAUUUUAAUAAGUCAUUCACUUUUCGUAUUAUCCCCAUAUUUGAUUUUUAUUUUCACAAUUUACCUACCUUUAUGUAUAAUUCUUCCUAAAUUCUACUUUGAAACCGUUUUAAUACGUACUUGGAUUCUUUGGAUACCUAUAAUUAAAGCCAUUAUUUCAGUUUACAAUUCUUUAUCUGGUGAAUAUUACCUUAAAAACACACAAAUUAACAGAGUUAUUUCAGUACUUGAAAAAUAUAACAAUACUGACAUAAUUUUAGGCCUACUAGAAACUAUUUCCUGUCGUAUUGGAAGUAGAUAUAGAAGAUCAUCUUUAGCACGGAAUUCAAAUAGUUCUAUAACACUAUUAAAUUCACAAAGUUCAAUGGCAAAAGAAAUUAUACAAAUUAAAAUAAUGCAAUGUUGGCUUGACUACUUUAAUUUAUGGCUUAUUUACUUUUUUCUACAAAAUUACAUCCUUGGAAACAGUAUUAAGUACAUUUCAAGCAUUACAAUCAGUUAUUUCAAAGUAGUAAAUAUAUUAAUAUUGAAUAUUAUUGAUAACUUUUCAAGUUCAAAUUUGAAACUAGUCUUUUUUGCAAGUAAAUAUAAACCUGUAUCUGUCUUAAUACAGUUUCUUAGACCUAUCUUCAUGUUUCCGGCCAAUAUAAUAAAGUAUAUUCUCAUUUUAACUAUUAACAUGAACUGGAAAUAUUUACUCAUUUCAGUUGUUGUUUUGAAUAUAUUACUUCAGAUAAAGUUCAUUCAAGAUCAUGACAGCUGUUUUUCGAUAAUAUUCAAAGACUCCAGGAUUAAUAUUGGUAUUGGCUCCAGUGGAAGUUGUCAGAGACUUGAUGAUAAUGGUGAUGAUGGUGAUGAUGAUGAUUACGAUGGUGAUGAUGAUGAUUAUGGUGAUGAUAAAGAUGAUGAAAAUGGAGAUCGAAAUGAGGAUUAUGAAAAAUAUGGUUACGAAGGCCAAGAUGAAGAAGAUUAUUCCCAAGUAGACGGAAUUAAUGACGAAAAUCACCAUAGUAAAUAUCACAUAAUUAAAGGUUCCAAAUCUUCUGGAAAAAAUCUAAUUAUUUAUGAAUACCCAUCACUUUCAUUAUUAUUAAGGAACUAUGUGAUAGCGAUAAUUGACUGGAUUUCAAAUAAUUUGUUUGGGAUAUCUCUAUUCAGCCAUGUGCAUAACCAAAGUGAGACUUCUAAUAGCUCCCCUAAUUUACUUGCGAGUUUAAAUCCCAAGAACAUUACAAAGUCUCUUCCUUCCAUUAGUAGUGAAUUAGAAGAAACUAAUUUAAUCAGUAAAAGAAAGAUUAAGAAUAGAUCCUCAAUCAAACCAGAAUUGCUACAUAGUAACACAAUGCCACAUCUUUCCUUAAAUUCUGGCAGUAGUAGUACUUGUGGUGCUGAUAGUGUUUGUGGGGAUAAUGAGGGCGAGGAAAAGAAUUCAGGCCAAUUUAAAAUAAUGGCGAACUUGUUAGACAACAAUGUGAUUAUUGGUUGGCUUCCAAGAAGCUGGAGAGCUUACUGUUUACUCAUUGGAGAAAAUAUGAUGAAUAAGUCAAACAAAUUCAAAUACUGGAUUCUGGUUGCAAUUAUUUUAAUAGGCCAAGUCCCACAAUGGAUUAUUUUGUUAUUUCCCUCUUUUAUAGUAAAAUUUAUUGGAUGUAUGGUUUUUGGAUAUAUAUAUCCAUUGAUAAUGAGCUUGAGAACAAGUAGCAAUAUUGGAAGUAGUUAUUAUCCUCUAAGCUCCAAAAUUGGUGAAAAGUUACAAACCUGGGUCAUCUAUUUGAUUGCAUUUAAUACUAUGAACGAAUUAUUCUCCAUAAAUAAACGAUAUCUCUUGGGGAUAAUCUCUUGGAUACCUUUCAAGAUUCACAUAUAUUACCUGAUGAUCCUUAUUCUCCAGCUUACUUCCUCUAUAAUCCCAGUUCUUACAAAACAGGUUAAGUUUAAAACAAGCUAA